AUAGUUUCUGUUUGAAAACAUUUGAUUUGGAUUCGUAUUUAUUAUUAAAUUUUGACAGUUACAUGUGACGAUGUGGAGUUUAAUUUUAACAACAUGGAUAUAAAAGUACGCGAGUGUUCGAAUGAUUGUUGGAGUGCUAAUAGUUAACAUUAAGUUAUCAAAUAUUAUCAACAUUAUAACGGUUUUUACGGCCGAUACAUUUUUGACAAUGACGUCAAAAACUUUCACGCUUAUUCUGAUCAUCCCAUUCCUAAUUCUUGACGUAACGUGGGCCCUAAACUUUCUUCAAAGUUCAAACACCUACGCCCGAUUCCCGAAAUGGAACGCCUGCAAAAACGCUUCGAUCAGUUUCGAGUUCCGGACCCGGUUUCCUUCAGCGCUGCUCAUGUACACAGACGAUAACGGCGUUAAUGAUUUCCUGGAAAUAAUGAUCGUGAACGGAAGUGUCCGACUGCGCAUGAACUUCGUCGACGGAAAAGACAACCCGAUCGAGAUGAUCGUCGGGCAACGUAUGGGCGAUUUUAAUUGGCACAGAGUGGAGGUACGACGUAACCGUAUGGAGACGUUAUUUUACGUGGAUCAUUUCCAUGAUAGUCGAGUUGCCUUCGGAUCGGAUUUCAACUUUGGCGACGUCAGCACCAAUAAUUACGUGUUCUUUGGAGGACUUCCGCAGACAUACGGCAACCUAUCCCGCCUAAGCAAGCUUUCGCUGACGUCCGCGUUCUACGAGACACGGUUUGUGGGUGAAGUACGUAACGUCAUUUACGAGAACUGCACGUGUCAGCCCCAGCGCGUGCGGAUGAUAGAGGGCAUUUCUUUAUCACGUGAACCGCAGGAAGCGUGUGACGUCACUAACAACUGUGGCGCGUGUCUUUGUAUCAGCGGGGACGAGCGACACGGCUGCCAGUGCCAGGGUUUCAGCUGCGAACAUGGUAAGCAAGUAAUGCAUGAGACGCUGUCUGGAAAAAAGGGGCUCAAUAGAUGUGCGUAA